AAUUAACGAGAAACCCCAGAGAGGGAGAGAGAAUCCUCCUCGACGGAAUUCGAUUCAGGUGCUGAUUUUCUAUCACAAUUUUCCAAUUAUUUUCUUGGAUCUGGUGUUGUCUACUUAGGGAUUUCUUCGCUGCAUUUCCUUGUGAUGUGACUUUCUUCGUAUUUUGCGCUUCUGGACGGAUUUAACAGCAGCUGCAGCACCACACGUAGUCCAUAUUACUUAGAUGGCAGAAAAAGCUUGUAUAAAACGUCUUCAAAAAGAAUAUAGAGCACUUUGCAAGGAACCAGUCUCCCAUGUUGUUGCUCGUCCUUCCCCAAAUGACAUUCUCGAGUGGCAUUAUGUGCUGGAAGGUAGUGAGGGAACACCUUUUGCAGGUGGAUAUUACUAUGGAAAGAUCAAGUUCCCUCCAGAAUAUCCUUACAAGCCACCCGGAAUUACAAUGACUACGCCAAAUGGUCGAUUCAUGACACAAAAGAAAAUCUGUUUGUCUAUGAGUGAUUUUCAUCCAGAAAGCUGGAAUCCGAUGUGGUCUGUGUCGAGCAUUCUUACAGGGCUUCUCUCGUUUAUGAUGGAUAACAGUCCGACAACCGGAAGUGUGAACACUACAGUAGCUGAGAAACAACGUUUGGCUAAGUCAUCUCUCGCUUUCAAUUGUAAAACCCCAGCAUUCCGGAAGCUAUUUCCAGAGUAUGUAGAGAAGUACAACGAGCAGCAGCAAGAAGCUGAGCAAACGGAACAGAAGUCACCAGAGUCUCCUCAAAAGAGCAAUACCAAAGCCGAGCCAGAGAAAACCGUCGACCCAACAAAGGAAGACUCAGAUGGUGGCUUGAAGGAGAGGAGGAAGAACAAGAAACAAGGAUUGCCAGCGUGGAUUAUACUGUUGCUAGUGUCAGUUUUCGGGGUUGUAAUGGCGUUGCCUUUGCUUCAACUCUGAUUUCUAUGCCACCCAAAACAUAGAAACGGACGGCUCUUCCGAUCAAACAGCUCCUUCUCUUUCUCUCCCUUCAGUAUCAAGAGUAGUCUUGUUUUGUCUAGUGCUCUUCUUUCUGAAUUCACUCUUGAUUUAGCCCCUCCCUCAUGGUUUGUGCUUUUAAAAGCAGAUAACAUAAGCUUGGUUUCACAUUUAUAUACCUAUGUUUAGCUUUGUUCAAACUUCUUUGUAUAGCAUAUGAAGAUGGCCAUUGGUUGGUUUUCAUUUGAUAAAUCCGUAUGGUUUUCAAUUA